AUGGCAGGAGCUGCAGUAGACACACCCUCCGGGUCCACCACACCCGCCCCCCCGACAGAUCUCCGCCCAUCAGUCCCGAUACUCUCAUUCAUCGAUGGAGAAGCCGCAUUUCGGUCCGCCUGGGCUAAUGACGCUCCAGGCAUCAUGCGGGAAGUCUCGGCCCUCAGCCAGGCCGUAACCAACAUGCACGAAGAAAUCAUGAGACUGCGCCAAGUCGCCAACACCACAAAUUCACACAUCGACACUCUUCAAACCCGCCUGAGCAACACCCUCAUGGAAUCGAACGACAAAGACGAGACUAUCUCCCACAUGGCGGGACAAUUAGAAGCGUACAAGGUCAUCGCCGCUACAGGAGGAAGCCAUCACCAACGCUCUGCCGAACACCCCAAACCCGACCCAUUCAAUGGAAACAACCCGAACGAAUUGCCAGAAUUCUUACAGAAAUUGGAGCUCAAAUUACAUAUGAACAGAGACUGGUGGACAGACGAAACAGAACGCAUGGGGUUCGUCAUUUCAUGCCUUAGUGGAGACGCCCACGCCCAGGUCAGCCACAAUAUAUCACACGGCAUAGUCAAGUUUACGAACGUCGAGGCUAUUAUCGCCACCUUAAAGACAGUGUACGGCGAUAUUGACUCGGCCGCUACCGCACAAAAAGAGAUAUACGACAUGAAACAAGGCCAUAAAUCACUCGCAAGCUUCCUACCGAACUGGAUUGCCGUCGCUAAACUCACUGAGUUCGAAGACAAAUCGUUGAUCUCCCACUUGAAACGCGCUCUCCACCCCGACAUCAUAUGGAGACUUGUGGUCCUUAAAGUUACACCCGCCACUCUAAGGGAAUUCAUCGAACUCGUCAGGCAAUGCGACAGCGAAUGUCGUCAGCUCAAUGCCGACUACUAUAAGAAGAAGCCCAGCAAUAACAACAAGGCCCCUACCAGCACUGCCCCCGCAAUAUCGAGAUCCCAAACCCCGUUGGCUACGAACGAAGGAGACGCCAUGGAUCUGAGCGCCGCCUCCUGGGGGCCUAAAGACGUGGCUUCCGGGCGUAAACCCCGAACCAUGGAUGAAAGAGAAGCUCGCAGAGCCUAUUGCACAGCCCAUGGACUCUGCAACUGGUGUAAUUCCACGGAUCAUACAGCGCACAUUUGCCCCACGGCCCCCUGGAACAGCAAGGAGGGAAAAGUAUAG